AUGCUUUUCAAUUAUUCUAUAGACGAACCUAUCCACAUUUUCAUUAAAACCACAACAUUGGACACACCUUUCCAUGGUGUUCAUGUCGUAGCAUUGGAUGAAAAUCAGCUUCAGGUUGGAAGUUGGGAAAUCAAUACUAAAAAACAAGAUGAAAAUUCGUGCAAUGGUUCUAUAUAUAUAUUUGAAAAGGCAGUAACGAAUACAGAUGCAAUCUGGCAAGUUUCCAGUCCAGUUGUUGGCAAUAUUGCAAUUAAAGUAGUAAUUAUCGAAGACGACAGUGCCAUUUAUUCCAAUUGUUAUAAUUUUAUUUUGACUUCACGGGUGUCUAUGAAUUCUUCUAAUAUCGAUGAAGAAGAUGCUGCUGCAAUAAAUACCACUACGACAGUAACGACGACGACAACAACAGUUACUACUCCACCUCCAACUUCCGAAGUGACCGUUAAUAUUACUUGGUCGUUUGCAAGUAAUACCAAUGUUACCAGUGUUCUUAUGACUAUCCAUAAUCUAAAAACAUCUCAAUGGGUUGCCAUAGGCUUGGGUCAGAAUAUAGCAAUGGGUGAAGCACAUGUAUUUAUGUGUAAACGACUGGCUAAUAACGAAAUUGUUAUUAAUCGAUAUGUAAAUCCUGGCGAUCACGAUCCUCCUGAGCCUCCUCAACCAGACGCAGGAGGAGUGUUUACACCAGGGCAACAACAAUUCACUGACGGUGUUGUUAUAUGUCGAUUUACUCUAUCGAAUUUCAUCGCCCAAACAUUGAAACAAGUUCGAACGCUUGAACCGCUUUCUCAAUUCAGACAAUAUCAUCCACUAAUCGCAAUUGGAGUACUCGAUAAAGAUAAUAAUGCUCAGAAACACUCGAGAGAUUCUCGUGUAGCUAAAUCUGAUACUGUUCAAUUAAACCAAAAUGAAAUUAUUCUUUAUCGAAUACCCGAAGUGAAAACUGAUUUAACCUUUGUACGCACUCAUGGGAUAAUCAUGAUUUUCACGUGGAUAUUAAUUGUGUCGACAGGGGCACUGAUUUCACGUUAUUUUAAAACUUCUUGGGCAAACAAAAUGAUUUGCGGCAAAGCUGCAUGGUUUACUGCGCAUCGUUUUCUGAUGAGCAUUGCAGCCAUUCUAACUACGCUCGGUUUUCUCUUCAUUUUGGUGUUUUUACAAGGUACAUGGAUUCCAAAUGACACAACACGACCGUAUGCUCACUCAAUCACUGGCAUAAUUGUGAUCGGUCUAGCGUUCUUUCAACCAUUCAUUGCUUUAUUCCGUUGUGAACCCAAUACGUUCAUUCUCUCUGUUGCAACGUUAUAUCUUGCCACGUAUUUCCAUGUGUUCGCAGAUACGAAAGGUCGAUUUGUCAUGAUUGCUUGGAUAGUUUGGGUAGCUUUGAUAUUUCUGAUCUUUGAAUGUAGUGAAUAUUUUAUUCGGAAGAAAAAUCGAGAGUCUGGUUACACGAACAUCAAUGCAUCGAAUACUACAGUUGCUGAUUUGAUAGAAAAUCCUACGACUCCAAAAUUUACUUCAUUCACUGUCGACAAUCACGAAGAGACUUCGGUCCAACAAAAAGCAAAAAAUAUCCUCUUGGCCAUACAUAUAUUGGUAGCGGCAACACUUUCAGUUAUUUUAACCACCCUGAUUCUUUAA